UACACGCAAAGUUUGCAUUUUCCCUUAGCCUUUAGAAACACACAACAAAAGCCACUCACCAUUCACAAAUAAGCCAUUCACAUUAUUCCUCUCCACACACAAACCAUGUCCAAGGAUUGCGGCCACCACGAGGAGGAGCAACAACAGCUCCUCCGCCGUGUAUUCGCCGCUAUCCUCGGCUUUAUCAUCCUCGUCCUUCUCGUAAUCUUCCUCGUAUGGAUCAUCCUCCGACCCACCAAACCACGCUUCAUCCUUGAAGACGCCACGGUCUACGCCUUCAACCUCUCCUCCACCGGAGACAUACCUUCAUUCACCGUUCCCACACCCAACACUCUCACUCUCACCAUGCAAGUCACACUCUCCGCUCUAAACCCUAAUUCCCGCAUCGGCAUUUACUACAGUAAACUUCAUGUCUACGCCUCUUACCGUGGCCAACAAGUUUCACUCGCGACGGAGCUGCCCCCCACCUACCAGGGCCACCGUGACACCACCGUGUGGUCGCCGUUUCUGUACGGCACCGCCGUGCCGGUUUCGCCCUACGUGUUGGAGGUGCUUCAACAGGACAAGACUUCAGGGGGUGUGUUGGUCAACGUCAAGGUCAACGGAAGGGUCAAGUGGAAGGUGGGGACUUGGGUUUCUGGAAGGUACCAUAUCAACGUCAACUGUCCAGCGUAUAUCAGGCUCGCCGGCGACCGAGAUUACGGCAUCGGAGUUGCGGCGCCGGCGGUGAAGUUUCAGCUUUUCCAAAGCUGCAUUGUUGAUGUUUAG